AAUUCAAUUUUUUUUGAUAAUCCCAUAGUUCCUCUCUCUCUAACUAAUUCAAUUGCUCUUAAAAAAAAUUCUCUCUCUAUUUCUCUCUCUCCCUGAAUCUUCAGUGUAAUUCAGGCGGCAUAGAUCGAGAGAAGCUAUAUCUCUCUCUCUCCUGAAUCUUCAGUGUUAUAUAUAUAUAUACAAAAACGUUUGUAUCUCUCUCUUUCUAUAUAUAUAUACACUCAUGCUCAUGUAAAUGUGUAUAUAUAUACAGCGGAGAGACGCACACUCUCUCUCUGCGGAAUACAGGCACAAUUCAGGCGAAGCAGAUCGUGCGUAAUCGGUUGAUGAUCUUCGAACGAAGAACUGGGCGGAGGAUUCUUUGGAGUUCUCGGAAUCACCGCAAUGCGGAGGCUCUGAUUUGCCCUUGUGAUUUCGAUCGUUUUGGAGUGGACGAGUCUCGCGAUCGUAGUUUUGAAUUUUGAAUUUCUGCUGGUAUUGAUAGGAUUGCUUUGAAGAGAGGUUUAAUUUCGCGGAAUCGAAGGAUUCUUGUUGUGCUGAUGAUUGAUCGAGUUAGUUAGGUCGCGUUUGAAUUGGUUCGCGAGAAAUUUUCUGGAUUUGUGUUUGCUUGUGGAUUUAAGUAGUCCGCCAUGUCCAAGGUAGUUUAUGAAGGUUGGAUGGUUCGGUAUGGGCGGAGGAGGAUUGGACGAUCCUUUAUUCAUAUGCGGUAUUUCGUGCUUGAGUCUCGAUUACUCGCAUAUUACAAGAGGAAGCCUCAGGAUAAUGUGGUUCCAAUCAAGACCCUUCUUAUUGAUGGCAAUUGUAGGGUGGAGGAUCGAGGCUUGAAGACCCAUCAUGGACAUAUGGUUUAUGUUUUGUCUGUUUACAACAAAAAGGAGAAGUACCAUCGAAUUACGAUGGCAGCAUUCAACAUCCAGGAGGCACUUAUCUGGAAAGAGAAAAUUGAGUCCGUGAUAGAUCAGCAUCAGGGGUCACUAGCUAACGGCAACAAAUACAUUUCUUUUGAAUAUAAAUCUGGGAUGGAUAGUGGGAGAAAUGCUUCCUCAUCAGAUCAUGAAAGUCAGUUUAGUGCCCCAGAGGAUGAAGAUGAUUCUCAUCCUAAUUUGUUGCGGAGAACAACAAUUGGAAAUGGUCCUCCUGAAUCUGUAUUUGACUGGACACGGGAAUUAGACGCAGACUUGUCAAACCAAAAUAUCAACAAUCAAGCAUUCUCUAGAAAGCAUUGGCGCCUUCUUCAAUGCCAAAAUGGACUUCGCAUUUUUGAAGAGCUUAUUGAAGUUGAUUUCCUUCCGAAGAGCUGUAGUAGAGCAAUGAAGGCUGUUGGGGUUGUGGAGGCUACCUGUGAAGAAAUAUUUGAGCUUGUAAUGAGCAUGGAUGCAACACGGUUUGAGUGGGACUGCAGUUUCCAGUAUGGUAGCUUAGUUGAGGAGGUAGAUGGACAUACGGCAAUACUCUAUCAUCGGCUUCAGCUGGAUUGGUUCUCUAUGUUUGUAUGGCCCCGUGACCUUUGCUAUGUGCGUUAUUGGCGCCGAAAUGACGACGGGAGUUAUGUUGUGUUAUUUUGUUCUAGGGAGCAUGAGAACUGUGGUCCACAACCAGGAUUUGUUCGGGCCCAUAUAGAGAGUGGAGGGUUCAAUAUUUCCCCUCUGAAACCUCGGAAUGGGAGGCCUAGAACACAGGUGCAGCAUCUUAUGCAAAUUGAUCUGAAAGGGUGGGGGGUGGGUUAUGUUUCAUCAUUUCAGCAACAUUGUCUCCUUCAGAUGUUAAAUAGUGUUGCUGGACUGCGUGAAUUGUUUUCUCAAACAGAUGAAAGAACUGCUCCUCCAAGAAUCCCAGUUAUGGUUAAUAUGGCAUCAGCUUCUGGUUCUUCAAGGAAGAUUCAAAAGCCCCAGGAGUCUUCUGCGAAUUCUAGUUUUCCUGAUCAAAUGAAUGCUGCAAACAGAAAUGGCAUGAUGUUGGAUGAAUACUCUGAUGAGGAUGAAGAAUUCCAAAUAGCGGACCAAGAGGCAUGCUCAACCAGUAUGGAGAAUGAAAUCAAGAGAACCGGUGAAACAAUUGAAGAAGAACCUACAGAUAAAAUUGAUUUGUCUUGUUUCUCGGGUAACCUACGACGUGAUGACCGUGAUAAUGGUCGUGACUGCUGGAGAAUAUCCGAUGGUAACAACUUCAGAGUUCGUAGCAAGCGGUUUUGCUAUGACAAAUCAAAGAUACCUGCAGGUAAACAUCAAAUGGAUCUCGUUGCUGUAGAUUGGUUCAAAGACACAAAACGAAUGGAUCAUGUUGCCAGGCGCCAUGGUUGUGCUGCACAAGUUGCCUCUGAGAAAGGACUUUUCUCCGUGGUUGUAAAUUUGCAAGUACCUGGUUCGACACACUACAGUAUGGUUUUCUAUCUUGUGACAAAGGAUUUAGUACCUGGAUCUCUCUUGCAACGGUUUGUUGAUGGUGAUGAUGAGUUCCGUAACAGUAGAUUGAAGCUCAUCCCCUCAGUUCCCAAGGGUUCAUGGAUUGUGCGCCAAAGUGUUGGAAGCACUCCUUGUUUAUUAGGAAAAGCUGUUGAUUGCAACUAUAUCCGUGGUCCCACAUACCUAGAAAUUGAUGUUGACAUUGGUUCUUCUACUGUUGCCAAUGGAGUUUUGGGGCUUGUAGUUGGUGUAAUUACAACGCUGGUAGUUGACAUGGCUUUCCUUGUACAGGGAAACAGCAUGGAUGAGUUGCCAGAGAGACUAAUGGGUGCUGUCCGUGUUUCUCAUAUAGAGCUGUCGUCUGCUAUAGUCCCAAAGUUGGAACCGGAUCCAUCAGACCAAGUCAAAACCAUGACUUACUGCUGAUUUUAUAAUUGAAUUAUUUGUUUAAAUAUGCAUAUGUUCAAUUCCCAAUUUUUGUCAUCCCCUUUUAUUUUUCCUUAUAUGAAAUUGUUAACGAUUCCCUCUGAUUGGGGUUUUUGCAUAAAGAUAAAAGUAGUAAAAGGCGCGCAGGUGUAGGUUCUUUGCAGUUCUAUAA